AUGGCUCCAAAGUCCUCGAGAAAGUCAGCUGCGAAACCAAAGACGCCAAAGAUUGACCCAAAUUCUUCAUUUACACCAGAGGCUUUCGAGAAAGAGCUGAAGGCUCUAGCAUCAAAAGCAAAAGAUGAGACGUGGGGCAAGUUCCUCAAGGAGCAGGCCUCCGCUUAUUUCAGAGCAGCAGCUCUCCUGGCUGUAGCAGCUGUCUACUCCAAUGUCUCACAACUUGCCCUCUCCCCCGUAUAUGGUUCAAUACCGUCGUCAAUAUGGCAUCCACAUGUUGUCAUGGUUGGCUGCUUCGUGGGAUGGGCAUCAAACCUCCAUCUGGGCAGGCUCCUCCCGGUCAAGCUGAUCUACCUGCUACCAAUUAUUGCCAUCAACAUCCCCUUGGUGCAGUUCUAUUUGUACAAAGUCAGCACCUCCCUGACUGCCUAUUGGGGCCCAUUGAUUACAGAGGCUCUCACAUUGCUCCCGUUGCUUGUCAUCACGACAUCAUGCACAGCGAAUUACCUUGAUAAUGCAGACUUCUCCAAAUUGCCACGGUGGUUGGCUGAUGCAACCCCAGGGUUGAUCUCCUGGGCCUUCUUCAAAUUGGUAGAAACAGGCUCUGGGCGUCUGGUCGAGCAGCAUAUCGGGAAGUCCUUCUUCCAGACUCGUUUGGGGCUGGAGAUCAUCCUCGGCGCUUCCUCUGCUCUUCUGGCACCAUCAAAGCUUCUCGUUCAUGCGAUGCCCGGCAUCCUCCACACGGCUGCCCUGAACACGCAUGUCUAUUCUCCCAUUGCAACUGCUACCCUGAACAGAACGCUCAAUCUCGAGGGCUGGUCGUUAAUAGACCGGAAGGAGUCUCUGACCGGGUACAUCUCGGUAGUCGAUAGCCAUGCGCAGGGCUUCCGCGUACUGAGGUGUGACCACAGUCUGCUAGGUGGCGAGUGGAUCAAGUACCAGGGCCCAAAGGUUGCAGAGCCGAUCUACAGCGUCUUCGCUAUGCUCGAAGCCGUGCGGCUGGUCGAGGGUGACAAUCGGGUUGCGGACCACGAUGCUAACGCUCUUGUUGUAGGCUUGGGAGUAGGUAUUACACCGGCUGCGUUGGUCGCACAUGGCAUCGAUACAACCGUGGUAGAGAUCGACCCUGUGGUGCACGAGUUUGCGUCCAAGUACUUCUCCCUGCCGUCGAAUCAUACGGCGGUGAUUGAGGACGCGGUAGGCUACACAGACAGGCUUGCAAGCAACCCCGACGAGAAAAGAUUCGACUAUAUUGUGCACGACGUGUUCACAGGCGGCGCUGAGCCGAUUGCACUCUUCACCCUGGAAUUCCUACAGAAUCUUGAUGCGCUGCUGAAACCAAAUGGAGUCAUAGCCAUUAACUAUGCUGGUGACUUCCUGCUACCACCACCGAAGAUCGUCGUGCAGACGAUAAGACAGGUCUUUCCUGCGUGCCGGAUCUUCCGAGAACACCCACGGGACGAAGAUAACAUUGAGAAAGAGAAGCGCGACUUCACCAACAUGGUCAUUUUCUGCACCAAGACCGGCGACAAGGUCACUUUCCGCAAGCCAACCAAGGCCGACAUGCUGGAGAGUCCGUCAAGAGACGCCUUUCUCCUCCCCAAGCAUGAGGUCUUCGACUCGGAUUUCUACGAGGGUGAGGACGAAGGUAUCCUGACUCAAAAUGACACCCAGAAGUUGGUGAAGUAUCACCAAAAGAGCGCUGUUGGUCACUGGGCGGUGAUGCGCACUGUCUUGCCUGACCUGAUAUGGAAUAAUUGGUGA